UUGCAUUCAAAUUCAUUAAAAGAUGCUUAAAUCUUAUCGCUAAGAUAUCGGCACAGAAGUAUUAGCUCGGAAUUGGAUGGAUACAAUGUCAGGACACAGGACAGCAGACAUGAUUCAUCUGCUAGUGCAUUAACUGCUGAAAGAUGGUAUUAGAUGCAGAUACAUGCAGGAGGGUGUUGAAUCGAGCCUACAAACAGUUGGUUGAAGCUAUAGAUUCGAAAGAGGUUCUUCAAGUUAUUGAGAGGAGAGGACUGCUCGACCAUGAACAGAUCAAGGAUAUUCAAGGUAAUCAGGCCUUCUUAAUUCAAAACUGGGUUUUGUUGGACAAAAUCAGCGAAAAAGGAGUUGAAGGGUACACACUAUUCAAACAGUGUUUGGUUGAAUCUAAACAAGAGAAAUUGAAGGAUUUAUUAGAUGAAAUGGAAGACGAGCUUGAGAAAGAGAAGAAAGGAGAGGAAAGACAAAAAAUGCUGAAACAACAGGAACUGCAACAGCCACGGAGAAAUGCUUCCGGUUUAAGACAAGCUUCCACCCUUGAAAAACUUGACAAAGUGCCUAGUGACCGUGAUUUAGUCAACAUUUCUCAGGCCAUUGGCAGUAGUUGGGGACUGUUGGCCGCUUUGUUGGGCAUUACAAAACCUGUCGUUGAACGAAUUAGAGUGGACCACGUACAUUCUUCUGAAGAGCAGAUUUACAAUAUGUUACAACUUUGGAGACAGAAGCAUGCACAUAAGGCCACGUUUAGGGUCCUCCUUCUUGAAAUGAGGGGAUGCAAUGCUGUAACUGUUGACUGGGAAGAACUUAGAGAAAAAGUUGGAAUCGGCAUAGAGAUGUUAGACACUGAACAACAACCAAUGGGAAUUGAGACACAUGCAAUCUAUGAAAGAGAAGAAAGCUUCAGUGGCUCAAGUGGUCAGCCAGGAGUUGGUACAAUUGCUAUGCAAGUGCGUUCAGGGGAAGGGGAAGGUGAACCUAUGGAUACUAGCUUUGAAAACCCGCAGGCACACAAUGUGAUAGAUGCUCAAAUAGAUGAAGUGAGACAUUUUCGAGAUAUAUCCGAUACGCAGCCACAUGUUAAACCGCGUUUUAGAGGCACUCCAGCUAUACUAUCACAGACUGAGCCGCGACCAAAAAAUGAGCUGCGAUUUGGAGAAACUAAAUUUCUGUCACAUCCAAAUGAUUUAGCUUCACGUUUAGAAGGACUAAGACACAAUUUUAAGAAGGAGAUUGAACGAGAUUUGUUUGACGGCCGUCUUAUCAGUCUCACUGAAUUACAAAUAAAAGAAAUCGCAAGAAUUGGAAAAAUAAAAGAAAUUUACAAAGCUGAAGGCGCUCAAGUAAUUGCAACUCAAGAAAAGGUUCCAGUCUUCAAUACAAAGUUGGUGAUAAAAUCCUUAACUACGUUUUCACAAAAGGACAACAAUUUAUUGUUUGGGCUGGCUGAUAGCAGGGGAGCGUCAAAGUCAACUUAUGUAUCAAAUCAUUUUAGCCUGGUUUGACAUAAAGUGAUCAUACUUGGAAUAUAAGAAGA